AAGCACUACAUAUCCAGGGUACCUGAACCGCUGAUUCAAGCCAACCCCAGCGCUUACAAACCGAAGCUGAUACCCAUAGGCUAUUAUUUCCGUAUACGAGAGCCUGGCACAGAAAACAGUAUCAAAAAAGAUUUUCAAAAACACUUUUUUGAAAAUACAGAUGGGCUUGAGGAACAGUGUCGGAAGAAAUUGAGAAGCUUUCUGGACAAGGCACGCUCUUGCUACGCUGAGAGCACCCUGCAGGACACAAGUGAUGAACUUGUGGAGAUGUUUCUGAAUGAUGGUAGCUUCAUUAUAUUGCUAAUACUCUAGUGACAGGUAAUGAAUUCAUGAAAAAUGAAUGGAAGGUAGCUCAAACCUUGAGUGACAUGCUAUUGUUUGAGAACCAAAUCCCAUUUUUUGUCGUGUUCGAACUCCUCAAAUUGAAGCGGGAUAAAAGUGAUGCUGCUACCUUGCUAAAGGAGCUUCUUGAGUUGGUGAAGAACUGUUAUAUGAAUCAAGUGCACAAGUUAACACUUAUACAUGCACUUCCAUCCUGCAAAUACAACCCUGAAAAUCUGCCUAAACAUUUACUUGAAGUGGUGCAUAGUUGUUGCAUGCCUACUAAUAUUACCACAACUGAUGAAGAUUUUACAGGCUUUGUUUCAAAACAAAUGAAAACAGCCACAGAGCUUGAACAAUAUGGGGUUAGCUUCAAGAAAAGUGGCAAGGUACACAGUGUAUUCGACAUGGAUUUCAAUAGGGGUAUAAUGAAAAUUCGGUGCUUUAGGAUUGAUGACUUCACUGAGACAUUGUUGAGAAACAUGAUAGCCUAUGAGCAACACUAUGAUCUUGCAAUCAAGUAUUUCUCAGAUUUUGUUUUGUUCAUGAGCCAUCUCAUUCACACACCAGAAGAUGCAAAGUUGGUUUGUGGAAGUGGAAUUAUUGUCAACUUCCAAGCCACAGGCAUGGAGCAAUUGUUCUCCGAACUGCGUUUGGGAAUCAAUACUUCAACCACCUCCACCUUAGCCACCCUGUCAGGAGUGAUCAACAAUGUGAAUCAGUAUUGUGAGAUGCCAUGGAAUAACUGGAUGAGAAUGUUGAGACAAGACCUCGUAAACAGUGCAUGGAAACCCAUCCUUGCUAAUGCGGGUGUCAUUUCCAUCUCACUUGGUAUUGCUGUUUAUAUUAAAACCCUUGUGAAAUAA